GGAAUCAACAUGGACGACAAUGUCCGCGGUGGCGACGCCGACGCGACGUCAACGGAGCGAGUCUUGAAGAGAAAGGUAAAGAAUUCAAGGACCAACUUAUUCGAAUGGGUCAAGUAUCGGUGUCACCUUGGGGAUGGCUUCUUCCUCUGCGAGUGCCCUACAUCUUUCGACAAUGAAACGGUGUCGCUGCAAGUGCUGCUGGCCAACAUCCUCUCAGUGCAUCCGAAAGCAGCGUCGAGGUUUGAGAUCACACACGCCACUCCAAGUGGACACAGCUCGGAUGAGUUCAUGGCACCAACGUCCCAGCAUUGCUCACUCUGGGUGCGAACGUUGAAGAAGGCCGUAGCACAGUCGAUGCAACUUAACUCCAUCAGUCCGACGCCGUUAGCCCUGUUGUCGUCUUUGCGACCACCGCACUUAUUUCAAACCAACACCACGGCACACCCAAAGCAAUCACUUAAGAUUGACAUUCCGUGCAGAAACAGCAGCAACAACGCCAUGGAUGCUACCAAGUUGUCUACUGAAAGCCCAUCAAAUCCCACACCGCGAUGCCAUCCAGACGACACCCCGGCCAGUACUCCCGAUAUACAGACAAGUCCCCCAUCACUGACACAUCCAUCGUUGGCAUCUUCCAUGCAUGAGCCAGAUAAGGAUUCGUCCCCUCCUGAUGCUAGCUCUCCUGUGUUGGUGCAUCGUUCGGCAGUAUCUCAACAGACGCCAUCUGAACACGAGGCAGAGGAGCAACUGGGCAUUCUCGUGCGUGUGGAAGGCGUGCUGAAGCAGCUGGAGACGGAAAACAAACUCUACCUGCAGCGAGAAACCCAGUUGCGCCACGAACUGGCCAACUUGCAAGACUCGAUGCGGCUCAUGGACGUCGAACGACAAGAGCUCCUCACCCAACUCCGGGACGUCACCACCGAGCGCGAAGAAUGGAAGGCCAUGGCGCGGCGCAAGCAGGCCGACAUGACGCAGCUCCGAGACGAUCUGCAGCUCGCCCGCGACGAGAUUCGACUACUUACAAACGAGCAACUACGGCUACACCAUCGCAACAAAGACUUGGCAGUGCAUGUCCAACGACUCGAUACGUUGGUGUAUGGUAAAUUUUAACACAACAACCAUCAAAAACAGCGCAAGAGCUGGACUUGUCCGCCGUCUUCGCGGGCACCGCGGGUCUCGGACGUGAACGGACUCAUGCCGAUACUAAACGCGAGUCGGUUCUCGUACUUGGCCUGGACCGCCAACCACUCGGUCGUGGGGUCGUCGCUGUCGCAGAUUACGUACGACGUCUCAGCCGACACGACAGUGCGCAGGCCAAAGCACCAUGUGCCCUCGUGGUCUUCAUAAGGCCCCAUGUCGAUGUGGAUGUGCAACGGGGUCGCGGCCUUGGAGUUGGGGCGAAGCAGCACCAACGAGGUCGCAUGAGGAGGUGGCGGGGUGACCAGCGACGUCAGCACCUCGUACGACCCGCCUCCAGAUUCCGUUCGGUUGAUGGACUAGAAUUGAGUCAUGUGUGACGAGGUUGAUGAUGUUAUGCGAGGGUAC